AUGUAACAAAGAGAUAAUAGUGAGGAAUCUGAAUAAAGUCAAAGCAGAAUCAAUAAGAAAAACGUGCAGUGGUCAAAGCAAAGAAGAGAUGAUCAUCUGUAGAAUAGGUCGGCUACAUAUCAACCCAAGACGCAUAGUAGAAGUAGAAGCAGAGAGAAAUUAUACAAUAGAAGAUCUAAUGCAAGUUCACAUGAUUCUUACCAAAGCCAUUAAUCUUAAAGCAAUCCUGAGCAUAGAAAUUAAAAUUAAAGAUAAUUCUAAGGUUUAUCAACUUAUACUCAGGGUAGUGGUCGUGGGAACACUUAUCAUAACUCCAGAGCAAUGACUAAUAAAUAUCAAAAUCAGAGAUAGGGCUUCAAAGAUGGAAGAGGCAAGCAGUGUCAUGACAAUGCACUCUAUCGAACUUCAAAGUCAACUUAUACUUCUGAGUUUGACUCAUCUCAGAACAAGUCAAAGAUAUUUGUGUGUGGACUUUUGCCAAAGACUUCAGACAGAGACUUGUUUCAUCACUUUGAGCGAUAUGGCAGUAUUAGAGAGAUAAACAUAGUCAGAGAUAAGGUCACUGGCAGCAAUAAAGGCUACGCUUUUAUCGAUUUCGAGGACAGAGAAGAUGCUUUUAAAGCUUACAGUCAGGCUAACAAGUCUACAAUGGCCAAUGGAAGCAGAGAUGUUAUAGUAGAUCUAGUCAGAUCAGGAGGCAAGUAGCCUGAGUUCAAGCCAAGAAGGCUAGGUGGAGGCUAUGGAGGGAAGGUUAAAGGAAGUCAAAUCAGAUUUGGAGGAAGAGAUAAGCCCUUCUUUUGA